GAAGAAAAUCGUGAUCCAAGUUAUCCUGAAGAGGAAGAUCCAUUUCUAAUCUUGAAUUGAAUUCAACUUUUAAAUUCAUAGAAUUCUGUUGAGGAACAUCAGGAUCAAAGGCGUUGAUCAGAAUUUCAACUAGUGAGAGCGGAGAAUUCUUUGGAUUUAACACCGUGUCUCCAAUUAUAUUGAGCUUCCUGCUUAAACUGUUUGGAAGAAUCAAAUUUCCUGUUUUGUUUCGAAGAAGGCCUUAAAAAAUCUAAGGUCGUUCCAGAAUAUGCAGAAAUGCCUUUUUUACUUCCAAAUAUUUGCAACAAAGUUCGAGAAGCAUGACUGAUUGCUUUGACUGUAUAAUCGGAAAAUCUAUAUAAAAUACAGGCGCCAAGUCCUUCAUUCGAAGCAUCUGCAGCAACAAUAAUCUCAUGUUUUGGAUUAUAAAGUCGAUGAAGAAUACGCAUGUUAUAAAUAAAUCGACCAUAAUAAUUGAUUGCACCAAGAAAUGAUUUUAAAGUUGAUAUGAGGAGCAUAUUUGUGAUUGCUUCUAUUUUUUUUGGAUCUGGAUGUAAAGAUCCACUACCGUCAAUAAUGUAACCAAGCUCCUCCGACUACAAUAUCAUCAAUGUAAGCGAAUACAUUGUUUAAGCCUAAAAUCAUGGAUUCAACUAUUGCUUGAAAUUCUCCAGGGGCAACUGUUACUCCAAAUGACUUAGCUUUUUUACUGGACGCAUAUCCAUCUUUGUGACCGACAGAAUUACACUUUUGACAUGCGAUUUAUAAGUGCAGUCCUUUGCAAAAUGUAAAUUUUCGCAAAACCAGCAAGACAUAGAUGGAACAGAAUUUUUAUCAGGAUACUAUUUUCUGCGUUCGCACAAACGGUGAUAACGAGGGCACCGCCAGUCGGGAUUCAGUCAAUUGAUACCGUGCGUCAUCGUCGUCGUCGUCGUCGUCGUCGUCGUCGUCGUCGUCGGUGAACGAUGAUAUUUAACUGCGAGCUGCGUGCCACACAGUGACAGCAGGGUUGAAGGAAAGGGAAGACCGGAAGGCCAUCAGACCGCAGACGUCGGAAGUCAGAAGAUGGUGGUGGUUUGAAAUCGGCGAGAUGACAGCGGGAAAGUGACGCACGUGACGACUAUCUGACAGACCCCUCCCCCACACAAGGUGAAUAGACACAACAAUGGUAGAUACACAACAUUUUAGCCUGCGAUGGAACGAUUACCAGAGCAGAAUAAUCUCGGCGUUCAAAAACCUCCGGGACAAUGAGGACUUUGUGGAUGUGACGCUGGCCUGCGGCGGCAAGAGCUUGAAAGCGCAUCGCGUCGUACUCUCCAUCUGCAGUCCGUACUUCAGAGAAUUGCUCAAGAGCACGCCGUGCAAGCACCCGGUGAUAGUGCUGCAGGACGUAGCGUUCAGCGACUUGCAUGCCUUAGUGGAGUUUAUUUAUCGCGGGGAGGUGAACGUGCAUCAGCGUUCGCUCACUAAUUUUCUGAAGACGGCGGAGGUCUUCAGGAUAUCGGGUUUCACGCAACAAGCCGACCAGACCAACCGAGAUGAGCUGUCGCAUGUCCGCGUGUUGGCGGCCAAUGGCAAUCACCUGCCGUUCCACGACAAGUCGGAGGAGAGCUCUUCCCGUGGAGGCGGUUUGCUUACGCCCAUGACCCCGACGUCGACCACGGUGCAGCAACCACUACCCAGUGCCCAGAUACGUCGUAAUGAGAGACGUACCCCGGACCCGCACGACGAGCCGGCGAAGAAAUCACGGGUGCCGCCGCUCAACAACAAUGACGCUACGCCCACGGACUUCUCGAUGGUCAAGAACAAUCAUCUGUCGACGAAGGUAGAGGGCAACAAGGUGCACGACGAGAACAGCUUCGUCGAGCACAAUAUAAAGUGCGAGCCACUGGAGCUGACCGACCGGUCGCCCGCGAGUGGCAACGAACACGAGCCGGAGCAUACGUCCACGCAGAACUUCCUGCCGGAGAGCAAGCUCUUCGCCUCGACGCCCAGCAGCUUCAACUUCAGUAUAGCAGCGCUCACCACCGAUCACACGCCGUUGUCAGUGAAAUGUCCAGGGUUAGGCCAAGGCUUGCAGACACCGGACCUAGUGGGCACUUCGCGAGAUCAGGUCGCCGAGAAGGACGGGGGUUGGCAGUCCGUUACCAAUAUCGAGUUUCAGCGAAAAGUACAGGAACCGAACCAAAAUGAAACUGUGGCGGUGCAACCGCGGCACCCAGAGCUGCCGAUAAUUGAUGAUUUCUUAGACAACAUUAACGAUCAGAUGGAGAUCGUGCAGAAAUCGGAGCCUAUCUCGCCGAGGAUGGACGAGUUCGAGUCCAUCCUCCUGUCGAAUCACACGAUCAAGAGGCAUACGGAUCUCGAUUCGACGCACGAGUAUCGUCACGAUGGCCUUCGAGAUAAACAACAGCAGCCGCAAACGUUCGGAUUUUCGAAUAAUGACGCGCCGUCGUUCGACCCACGAUGGCUACGAUCGCAAAAGGACGUAGACGAUCAGGCGGAUCGCGAUAAAUCCGCGAAUCGCACCUGCGAUUUCUGUCAGAAAACCUUCUCUCGCCCCUGGUCACUGCAAAGGCACUUGGCCGACACGCAUUUAUACGUGCCGCAAUCCUUAGCCUGCGAUCAGUGCGGCAGGAGCUACAGGUCCCAGAACAGUCUGAUUAAUCAUAAGAGUGUGUAUCACGCUCGCAAGAACCGCAAGAGGCAUAAUGCGAAGUCACGUAUUGACCGGCGACGUUACUGGCGAUCUAGGACGAGCCUCUCCGUCGUAUCGUAAAACAGGACGAAUAAAAGAAUUAAAAAUGCAAUGUGUGUAUGAGUAUGUAUGGUGCACCCAUACGACGCAUACCUUGGAGAUUAUUAGAUAAGCUAAUCGCAGCAAUGACCGAAUAAUGUUUUAAGAUAAGAGAGUAGGCUAAUUUUUGAGUGUUGAUGCAGAUAUUCAGAUUUAUCGGAUUUAUUCGCUAUUGAUGUAAUUUCAUAUCUGUGCCGUAAUUUGAAAACAUAUACGGUCAAUGUGAGAUUAAUUUUGAAAAUGGCUUGUAAUAUCAUUCAAUGAUCUGCUCGCAACAGAAUUGAAAUGUAUUUAACUCAUUCUACUUAUUAUUGUGUGUGUAUUUAUGUCAGUUAGAUUUUAAUAAAUUUUUCUUUCUAAAUGAACAGCAA